CCGUUCAACCGGCUUUGCCACGAGCCUCUGCGACGCUUCGUGGCCUGUCCUUCCUGCUCCAUACAUCUGAGGGUCGUCCCUCAUUGCACCGCAUGUAUCCUGUCUGAAGUGUUCCAUUAUCGCUGAAGAGAGCCGCCUGACAAGGCAUGGAGAACACGAGGUAGCUUAUACCUCUUGCAUGCACUCGACUCGCAGGGCAAUCGAUAUACUUUACGCUCGCUAUGCCAUCGCAGAUGUCGACUACGAGAGUCUCUCCCAGCGCCUUUACAUCGAACCGCACUAUCCGAGAAGAGAGCGAGCACUCGGAUAAGGAUGCAGUGGCGUCUACAUCUCCACGCAAAUCCGAUACUGAUAUCCUACCACGAACUGCAAGUUACACGUAUUUCGCAAAGGCGAAAGAGUCAUUGUUUGAAGACAACAAGAUUCUGGAAUUGAAGGGCACUAUCACAGAAGAUGACCUUGCUGCUUCCAGCACCACCACCGGAGACGGGGAUUCUUCGUCAUCCUCUACCGGUCCGGAUUCCGAACCUUCGCUGCCUCUCGAAAUAAAACCUAGUCUGUCGUCGUCGCCUCGAAAGAGUACGAAAAACACUGUCUCUAGGUUGUUAGGCUGGAAUAAAUCUCAAGACGAACCGGAACAGCGCCAAUCUCGACCCAGCACUGAUAGCGGAAGCUCAAGAUCAGCAUCACGCCCAGGAUCAAGAUUGCGACGCAAGUCAUGGAUGCCUCAAGCCCCGGCUGACACGACGAGGGAGACUGGCUCCAGCGCGCCAACAAAUAACAGUGAGAGAGACAUCGCCAACGGCGAUCAGGCUUCGGGUACUCAUACUGAAGAUGAGACGUCGCCGAGAAAGCUCUCGGAAGAUCAGAGGAGUCGCAGCUGGACCCUUGGCGCUGGCCGCCGAAUGUCCAUGAUAGGUCGAUCUCGUGAAAGGGACAAGGGUCUGGCGAAUAAUGAGGAGGGAGUAAUCGGAGAACAUGUACCAAACAAACGAACUUUGCUGAAAUCGAUACCACGGCCAUCAAGCAUGCUGAUACGCAGCCGUACGACGGAUAACAUAUCGCCAGAAAGACAGAGCCAAGCCCGAGAUGUACCUGCUGUUCCUCAACUACCAAUAUCAUUCUCCACUGACCGAUUACCGACAACGUCUAACUCGCCGAUCAAGGAGCAUCUUUCACCCACAGACCGCGUUCCAUCUCUACCUAGACAACGUUCUUCUGACCGCCUGAGGGCUUCCAACAUCAAAGGGGAGCCGCAGAGAAAAAAGGAUGAACUCUGGACAGUGUUCAGAACACUAGAUGGCGACUACCAAAAGUUCCAAUCGAAAUCUAUUGCACUGAAAACCAAUGUCGUCCGCUCCACAUUGACUCCGUUUCUUCGUACAUAUGCUGAACAUGCAUCAAAUCACAAACUUCGAGCCGAAGAUUUAGACAGGCGUGCGAACAUACUAAAUAAGUGGUGGACUGGUCUAUUGGAGAUGCUUGCUGGGCGAAAUAACCAAUCAAUUUCCGGUACAGACCGACCGGCCAUACUGGAAGCAGUCAGUGGAAUAAUGGAGAGACCUGAGUGGAGACUACGCCCAUCUCCCUUCAGCCCAAUUACAAACAGCGGUCUCAUGACGCCAGCGCCACAAACCAAAUCGACCACAUCUCUUUCCUCAACGAACUCCGAUUUCUUAAUCGAAUCCGUGCAGCACAACGUCCGGAAUAUAUUUACGCAGAACAUCAUGUCACAGAUGUCUUUUGUCAUUGCGAAAAUGUCCCUCCGAAACGCUCCUGCCAGCUUGGUCUCAUUUUGUGGAAAGACCUGCGCGUAUGCAUUUUUCUUCUGCCCAGGCAUUGCUGACAUGCUCAUUCGCCUAUGGAACCCCUCGCCGGACGUCAUGCGACGUGUCAUGGAAGAGAACGGGGCACCAAGGUUGGAAAAGUUUGAACGCACAGCUAAGACCAUUUUGGCAUUUUUCCCCCCUAAUCUCCAUUCCCUGAAGGUCUCGUCAUUCAGACAGAUAUGUCAAGAGCUGAGGAAGCCGUGCCAGCUUCCGCUGGGCGCAGCACACUUGGAUUGGCACGGGCCAUGGACGAAACGGUGGUAUGGAACAGAGAGCGAUCUUUUUUACGUUUUCGUCAAGUACUUCCAUGUGCUCACAAACGAAUUUCUGCCGCCCGAUACGACCAAUCUGGAGAAGCUUUGCGCCCCUGGUGUUCUAAUGGUGCAUACGCAGAUACUGGCAAACCUGGAUGCCACCAUUCAUCGCCAUGCUAACGCUUCGGUUGGAGACGACACGGUCAAUGGACCAUCCACAAUUACCUUCGACGAUGUGCUACAAGGCGAUCCAGACGCUGCCGCAGCGCCUGUUCCGAUCGGACCGACGAAUGCAACUCGUCUGAUGGCUGAGAAUCGGCUCAUUAUGCUUCUGAGAGAUAUACUCUCGGAAAGAACUGCAAACGUCACCAACGUACGACCAAUGUUUGCCGAACUGUUUUGUCAACUGUUGAAGGCUAGUGCGCGCAAAGUUUCACUUUAUGACCAUAAUGCAUCAUACAUGCUAUGUGACUUUUUAGAAGAGGUAGUCGGUAUCAUCGUUCGAUACGAGCAAAGUUCCAAGACUCUCAUCUUGGAUUGGCCAUUCUGGCUCUCCGUAUGCAGAAAGAUGGCUGAGAGUCACAACACUGCCACUGAGAUCAGGUUAUACUCUUUCCUGUAUUCCACGUGGAAUUCCAUAAUCGCAGAUCCAGACCGCAAGACGGAUACAUGCCUGGACUUUUUGCUCGAUCCCGACUUUUUUGAAAGCAGAUUCAAUCACUGGUGUCCUAUGGUUCGAUCAUACUACAUGCGCUUACUCUGCUGGCGUGUUGCAAGAUUCGAUGGAGAUCCAAGCGACGGAGACAUAAUCAUCUUCGACAGACUCUUGGAUCAGCUUCGCGGCAUUUGGUCUCAUUUCCUGUUCAUAAGAGAAAGAGCCCAGCGCGCGGAAAGCGUACCACCAUCUACCAUACCUUGUCCUCCCGCUCCAGGACGCCGUCUCCUCAUCAUCCGAACGGAUGCGCCUGUUCACAGCCCUGCCGGCAGUUUUCUUUCAUUUGACGGAAUAGUCAGUCCUCACUCCAGCAUACAGAAGAGCGACUCUGUACUACAGGACAUUGAGACGCGUCCAUCAUCUUCAAUGUCAGACGCCUCAUCCGACUAUGGCCAAAGCACUGAAGAGAAAACCAAGAAACCAUGGAAUCUGUUCAAGAGUUUGAUAGGUAUGCCGUCUUCACCUAGAUCGAAGUCCAGAAGUCCUAGCUCAAAAGAAAGGACUUCUGCCAAGACCUCUGGGUCAACAACACCUACUUUCAGUCAGUCGGCUACUACUACAACGACAACGACGACCUCUGUUCCUACACAUCGAAGUUAUUGCUUCAGAUUUUCGCUCGAGUGGCAAGAUAAGCGACUACAGAUCGUCAACAAUAUGCGUCUCUAUGCGCCUCGCCUCCCCGGACCCGCUCAGCAGUAUCUUAUUGAUCAUGGCAGGAUGCUCCCGACAGUCCGGAGCAGGAAGCCUGAAGGCGCUGCAGCCUCGUCUUCUAAAUAUGCUGGGCGUGCAUUGGCAGAAUGGUCCAUGGUCGUGAACGAGUGCCAGAACUUCUUUGAAAGGAGAAAGCAUGAAGGAGUCCCCACGAAUAGUUGGGUGGAAACACCCACUUUGAGCGUUGAACAUUUCAAAAGACCCAGCUGAGCUCAGUGCUCCCUAAUAAUUCUGGACUCGCAACCUAAUUUCUCAUGAUACCCCGUCCACACUACGAGUUCGAUGGAAUAUCUAGUGAUGCUGUCUGAGUGUUUUAAUAGCGAUGGACGAUCUUAUGCACACUCGAUUGUUCUUGGCGGUUCUUUCUGGCGCUGGAUGCCAACCGUCAUGUUUGCAGCAUUAACUACG